GUUUAUGCCGGCCCUAUAUCUGAGAGCAUUCCCUCAAGCGUUGCAUCCUUCGUGCGUCGUCGUUCCCGUCGUGAAUCGAAUGUCAGUUUUACCUACUUUCAGGAGAAUAACGGAUCCUUUGUAUGGCCGGAUGACCGUGAUGAGGAAGCGGUUAUCGAACCGGACCAGCUUGAAAACGGGGACCUACGUAUCCAUCGUAUUCGUUCGGACGAGCAUGAUGAUCACACCCUCGAGCGAGACCAUGAAGAUGACCAGGAAGCCGAUGUUGAGACUCCCUUCCGCCCCUCUAGCUAUUUUGGUCCGACCCCUUCGCAUGACUCUGCUGAAGACCCCUUGCUUUGGCGCCGUGCAUCUUCCACUGACCACCAUCGUGGAGGGAAGACAUCAGACGGUAUUAUCAGCCAGAAGAUAUACAUUGCCUCCGAGGACCUUACCGCCGCUAUUGCAGGGUUCUCAACCAGCAUGGCCGGCUUGGCUACGUACCUUGCCAUCUGCGUUUUCACUUGUGGUCUCGGCUAUCUCAUCUUUAGAUGGGUCCCGAAAUGGCGAGUGUCGUUGAUAGGUACUCCAACACCACUGUAUAAGUGUCAAUGGGUCGCUAUUGAAAACCAAUGGGGCCAAUUCAAUAUACAGGAUAUCCAGAAUCAGCCGUACGGGCGCCAACUCUCCACCGUUUUUGGGAGGGGAAACAAAGAAGGUACUGCUACUAACUACGAGUAUGAUGAUGAUCCUAUAAUGCCAAAUUUACGAUAUCUGGAUUACCAUUACGUUCGGUUCUUCUAUCAACCCGUGCAAGACAGGUUUAGUAUUAGCGGGACUUGGGCGGACCCUGCAUGGGCUGAUGUGAAACUCCUACGCCGUGGAUUGGAUGCAGACGAAAGAGAGAGCCGGGAGCAAGUGUUCGGCGCAAAUAUUAUUGACAUCCAGGCCAAGACUAUUCCACAGAUACUGCUGGAUGAAGUAUGCAUUUCCUAUAACUUUGACCACUUCUUAAAAUUCAUCUAA